AUGUCCGUUUACGGCUCCGACGAUGAGUCACUCACUGAGUUCGAAAGGCUCGAGUCGACACUUCCUCCUCCGCUUCGUCGUAGUGCCUCGUCACUCUUGGAAAAAUUAGCCGUUUCCAGUUCGCAGUUGGACAUGCCGCUGGCCCGAACCCCAACCAAUAUCCAUCCGCUGAACAGUCUCUCUGGCCUCAACAACAAGGAAAAACAUCACCGUCUUCUUUCGCGUCUUUCGCAGUCAGAAAAUGGCCGGGAGGGCUCUCCAAUUCCUGUUCCUCGCCCUAAAUUCAAUGAAGAAAUUCACAAGCCUGCCAUGAACACCAAACAGUCAUCGACUGGUGUCUUGUGGGUCACCGAGAGGGCCAAUGAAUAUGGUUUCCAGGGUAACGGAGACGAUGAUUGGGCCAAUUUGGGUCAGGGUGCUCCCGAACAUGGUGACACAAUUCCUGGCUCCUUCAAGAGACCCACGUCUGUGCCUGUUACUGAUAUCAGUAAAGAGUACGCACCAACUGCGGGUAUCAAGGAAUUGCGUGAGGCUGUAGCCAAUUACUAUAAUGAGACAUACCGUCAGAAUUUCCCCUCGAAGUAUACAUACAAAAACGUGUGUGUGGUUCCUGGUGGACGUGCUGGUCUCACCCGUAUUGCCUCGAUCAUCAGUGACUGCUACUUGUCAUUUUUCUUGCCCGACUACACUGCUUACGCCGAGAUGCUCUCUUUGUUCAAGAACUUUUCUCCAAUCCCUGUCCCUCUUGAUGAAGCUGACAACUACGAUAUGCACUUGCAGACCAUUGCCUUGGAGUUGAAGCGUGGUGUGUCUGCGUUCCUUACAUCUAACCCUAGAAACCCCACUGGUAGAUGUAUGAGCAGAUCACAAUUGCAGACCCUCCACAAAAUGUGCAGAGAAAAAUGUUUGUUGAUCAUGGACGAAUUCUACUCCCACUAUUACUACGACGAAGGAUGUACCGGAUCUUCGAUCUCGUCUGCUGAGUUCAUCCAGGACGUCAACAAAGACCCAGUCCUCAUUUUGAAUGGAUUGACCAAAGCCUUCAGAUUGCCUGGCUGGCGUAUUUGCUGGAUCUUGGGUCCUGAAGACUACAUCAACGCGCUCAGUUCUGCUGGAUCAUUCUUAGAUGGAGGUUCUAACUCGCCAUUCCAAUAUGCUGCUGUUGAUUUCUUGAAGCCACUCGCUGUGCGUGCCGAAAUGAAGGCCCUUCAGCUUCAUUUCAAGAUGAAGAGAGACUACGUCAUCACACGUUUGAGCAACAUGGGAUUCAAAUUCAAUGAAAAGAACACACCAAAUUCCACCUUCUACCUCUGGCUCAAUCUUUCCCAUCUUCCUGGUAAGUUGAGCAACUGUCUUGGUUUUUUCCACGAGUGUCUCCAUGAGAAGGUGAUUGUUGUUCCGGGCUUUUUCUUUUUGAUCAACCCACAGAACUUGAGUCGUCUUGAGGACGUCAUUUGGUACAACUUUGUGCGUAUCAGUUAUGGACCCGAGCUCCCUCAAUUAGUGAAGGGAAUGGAUGGUAUCGAGCGGAUCUUGCGUCGCUUCGACGCUUUGUAA